GCGCCGCCGCCCCGCCGCCGGCAGUGGACCGCUGUGCGCGAACCCUGAGCCCUACGGUCCCGACCCGCGGGCGAGGCCGGGUACCUGGGCUGGGAUCCGGAGCAGGCGGGCGAGGGCAGCCGCCCUAAGCAGGCAUCCCCGCAGGCCCGGAGCGAUGGCAGCCUUGAUGACCCCGGGAACCGGGGCCCCACCCGCGCCUGGUGACUUCUCCGGGGAAGGGAGCCAGGGACUUCCCGACCCUUCGCCAGAGCCCAAGCAGCUCCCGGAGCUGAUCCGCAUGAAGCGAGACGGAGGCCGCCUGAGCGAAGCGGACAUCAGGGGCUUCGUGGCCGCUGUGGUGAAUGGGAGCGCGCAGGGCGCACAGAUCGGGGCCAUGCUGAUGGCCAUCCGACUUCGGGGCAUGGAUCUGGAGGAGACCUCGGUGCUGACCCAGGCCCUGGCCCAGUCGGGACAGCAGCUGGAGUGGCCAGAGGCCUGGCGCCAGCAGCUUGUGGACAAGCAUUCCACAGGGGGUGUGGGUGACAAGGUCAGCCUGGUCCUCGCACCUGCCCUGGCGGCAUGUGGCUGCAAGGUGCCAAUGAUCAGCGGACGUGGUCUGGGGCACACAGGAGGCACCUUGGAUAAGCUGGAGUCUAUUCCUGGAUUCAAUGUCAUCCAGAGCCCAGAGCAGAUGCAAGUGCUGCUGGACCAGGCGGGCUGCUGUAUCGUGGGUCAGAGUGAGCAGCUGGUUCCUGCAGACGGAAUCCUAUAUGCAGCCAGAGAUGUGACAGCCACCGUGGACAGCCUGCCACUCAUCACAGCCUCCAUUCUCAGUAAGAAGCUCGUGGAGGGGCUGUCCGCUCUGGUCGUGGACGUUAAGUUCGGAGGGGCCGCCGUCUUCCCCAACCAGGAGCAGGCCCGGGAGCUGGCAAAGACGCUGGUUGGCGUGGGAGCCAGCCUAGGGCUUCGGGUCGCGGCAGCGCUGACCGCCAUGGACAAGCCCCUGGGUCGCUGCGUGGGCCACGCCCUGGAGGUGGAGGAGGCGCUGCUCUGCAUGGACGGCGCAGGCCCGCCAGACUUAAGGGACCUGGUCACCACGCUCGGGGGCGCCCUGCUCUGGCUCAGCGGACACGCGGAGACUCAGGCCCAGGGCGCUGCCCGGGUGGCCGCGGCGCUGGACGACGGCUCGGCCCUUGGCCGCUUCGAGCGGAUGCUGGCGGCGCAGGGCGUGGAUCCCGGUCUGGCCCGAGCCCUGUGCUCGGGAAGUCCCGCAGAGCGCCGGCAGCUGCUGCCUCGCGCCCGGGAGCAGGAGGAGCUGCUGGCGCCCGCAGAUGGCACCGUGGAGCUGGUCCGGGCGCUGCCGCUGGCGCUGGUGCUGCACGAGCUCGGGGCCGGGCGCAGCCGCGCUGGGGAGCCGCUCCGCCUGGGGGUGGGCGCAGAGCUGCUGAUCGACGUGGGUCAGAGGCUGCACCGUGGUGAGCGCCGCCCCCGCCCUGCUGGCCCCGCAUCCCCGCCCAGCUCCGGCCGCGCGGCCUCUAACGGCCCCUCGCUCUGCAGGGACCCCCUGGCUCCGCGUGCACCGGGACGGCCCCGCGCUCAGCGGCCCGCAGAGCCGCGCCCUGCAGGAGGCGCUCGUACUCUCCGACCGUGCGCCAUUCACCGCCCCUUCGCCCUUCGCAGAGCUCGUUCUGCCGCCGCAUCAAUAAAGCUCCUUUGCCGCGAAACCUCGAGCAUCAGAUCCAUGCUGCUGCUGACUCGGAGCUCCACGGCUUGGCACAGGCUCUCUCAGCUCAAGCCUCCAGUCCUCCCUGGGACCCUGGGAGGCCAGGCCCUGCAUCUGAGGUCCUGGCUUUUGUCAAGGCAGGGCCCUACAGAGACAGGUGGGCAGGGCCAGCCCCAGGGCCCUGGGCUUCGAACCCGGCUGCUGAUCACAGCCCUGUUCGGGGCUGGACUCGGCGGGGCCUGGCUGGCCCUGAGGGCUGAGAAGGAGAGGCUGCAGCAGCAAAAGCGAACAGAAGCCCUGCGCCAGGCAGCUGUGGGCCAGGGCGACUUCCACCUGCUGGAUCACAGAGGCCAGGCUCGCUGCAAGGCUGACUUCCGGGGCCAGUGGGUGCUGAUGUACUUUGGCUUCACUCACUGCCCUGACAUCUGCCCAGACGAGCUGGAGAAGCUGGUGCAGGUGGUGCGGCAGCUGGAAGCAGAGCCUGGUUUGCCUCCAGUGCAGCCUGUCUUCAUCACUGUGGACCCCGAGCGGGACGAUGUUGAAGCCAUGGCCCGCUACGUCCAGGACUUCCACCCAAGACUGUUGGGUCUGACCGGCUCCACCGAACAGGUUGCCCAGGCUAGUCACAGUUACCGCGUGUACUACAAUGCCGGCCCCAAGGAUGAGGACCAGGACUACAUCGUGGACCACUCCAUUGCCAUCUACCUGCUCAACCCUGACGGCCUCUUCACGGAUUACUACGGCCGGAGCAGAUCGGCUGAGCAGAUCUCAGACAGUGUGCGGCGGCACAUGGCGGCUUUCCGCAGUGUCCUGUCUUGAGCCGCUGCAGCCUGGGCCCCAUCAUUAAACGGGCUGCGUUUAA